AAGACCCGUGCGCGUGCGCUGUCUGACGCCAUUUUGUUUAUUUCAAACUUCGAAGCCUUAAUUUUUUGUUCAAGGCGGUCAGAAUAAAUUGUUGGCGGUUUUAUUCACAAGGUCAUACGGAAAUUACACAUAGUUGAACAGAUCCGUGUGCUAAAGUUCUAUGAAACGUUUUAAUGUGAUAUUAAGUAGGUAUAGUGAAUGUGAUGUUUCAGUUAUAAAAUGGGAUUUUGGAUUAUCAUUGGCGUAACGAUCAACUUUUUUGGAUAGCGCAGUGAACGUCCGAGUAAACAAAACGAUAGUAAAAUAGUUAUAAUCAGCGAUGCACACCGCCACAUUCCAUUAGCUAUUGUGUGCAAAACAACAGUUAUCCAACUGAUUUACCGCGUGUGUUAACAAAGGUGUACAUGUGAUGUGGUCAUACAGGGGACCAAUGAAGCGACGCGGCCCGCGGCUUAUCACCAACGCAUCGGGUCAAUGAAAAUGAAUAUGAUAAUCCAUGUUAUUAUUGGCAUCGUGUCAACAUGCAUUGUUUUUGCGUCGUCACAAAUGAUGCCGCCUGGCUUCAGCUUGCCAGCCAUCACUCACGUGGAACGGAACUGGUAUGUGAUGUCCACGGACCCGAUUGGUGCUGUAGUUACCAGGGUACAUCGGGAUCAGACCGGCACAGAAUCAGUCACCUACGGCCUAGAAACUUCUGGGCCACCGACUCCUUUCAAAAUUGAUCCGAUUUCUGGAGUCGUCAGAGUCAACGAUACGCUGAAAGAUAAGGAAAAUCGAUCUUACUCACUAUGGGUGACGGCAUCCGAUGGAACCUCAAUUCCACAACGUACUGAAGUAUUUGCAACAGUGACCGACAAUUCAGGAUCAAGACCAAAUGCACCUCGCCCACCGCCAUUCGCCAUUCCAAACUAUCCAAAUAUACCACUAGUACCAAAGUUCCCAAGACCCACAGAAAGAACUACCAAAACCCCAGUACCCUUUAUGUCAGAAAUAACUGUACCUGAUAGAAAAAUAAUUUCUAAUGUCACAACAACGGCAUCAUCUGUUAAAAUCGAUGAGCCUCAUGAAGAUAAAAUGGUAGAGCAAGAGGAGACCAAGCGCAAUGUUUCCGAAGUGCCAGUAAAAGAAACUCCUAUAGGCAGUGAUGUUCCUUUGACAGUAAUCCCUCUUGUCGCCAUAGGUGGCUUGGUGGCUAUAGUGGCUGCAGUUAUCAUAUUUGUGUGGAAAAAGAACAACAGUAAAAGAAAGAAGCCUAAUAAGGAAGAUAUGAGCAAAGACUCAAGUGGCAUCGUGCUACAAGACUCCACUUUCAACAUGUGGGACCGCCCACGUGCUUAUUCCAAUCGAUAUGAGUCCUGGGAUGCCAACCAUUUACAGAUCUCCGAAGAAACGACCAUAAAUAGCAAGGAGGAGCCGCGAGACGAGUGGGAGUUCCCGAGGCAUAGGCUGAGGAUAUUUAACAUCGUGGGCGAGGGCGCUUUUGGACAAGUGUGGCGGGCGCAGGCUAUAGAUAUAGACGGUAAAAAAGGAGAGCAAACCGUGGCCGUAAAAACUUUAAAAGAAAACGCUUCAGAAAAGGAGAAAACUGACUUACUCCAAGAGUUGACUGUGAUGAAGAAUCUAGGCACACAUCCUAAUGUAGUCCGGCUUAUAGGAUGCUGUACAGAAAAGGAACCAACCCUGGUGAUAAUGGAGUUCGUAAGCCUGGGUAAGCUGCAACAGUUCCUCCGCGACUCGCGCGCCGAGCGCCAUUACGGGAACACGCACGGGGGCAGCCAGUUCCUCACGUCACGAGACUUGACGCACUUCGCCUUCCAAGUCGCGAGGGGCAUGGACUUCCUUAGCUCUAAAGGGAUAAUCCACAGGGAUUUGGCAGCGCGCAACGUGCUCAUCACCGAGGAGAGGACGUGCAAAGUGGCAGACUUUGGCUUUGCGAGGGACGUGGCCGACACGCAUGUUUACGAACGGAAGAGUGACGGACGACUGCCAAUCAGAUGGAUGGCACCCGAAUCGCUGUACGAUGACAUAUUCAGCGUCAAGUCAGAUAUAUGGAGCUUCGGUGUUCUCCUCUGGGAGAUUGUCACCUUGGGCUCCACGCCGUACCCGGGCUUAUCCGCCGGGGAUGUAAUGAGAAAGGUUCGCGAGGGCCAUCGUCUAGAGAAACCCGAACAUUGUCGACGGGAGCUCUACAACAUCAUGUACUACUGCUGGGAGGCAGAACCAACCACGCGGCCGGACUUCAAAGAAGUAGUUAACAUGUUAGAACGGCUGCUGUGCACUGAAAUGGACUAUAUCGAACUCGAACGGUUCCCGGACCACUCGUACUACAAUGUGCAACACUUGGACGGGGAAAAGUUAUAGUUACUAGGGAUUUUUAAAUAUUGUAAAUUGUCUACUAAUCACACCUAGUGGGUAGACCACUCAUAUUAGGCGAACGAUGACAUCAGCCAGAGAGUCGCAGCGAGCCACUGGAUUCAGCCACAGGUGGCGCAAGACUUUGGUGUGUGGAAGUCCGUACAUGGACAUAUUAUAUUCAGCAGUGGACGUCUUUCGGUUGUUGUUGAUGAUGAUGAUUUUGCCUAAAAAAUAGAUAGCCCUAUAUGGGGAACGAACUAUAAAUUUUUAAUUUGAAUACGUGGGAACUGGACAUCUGCUUGGGUGUAGUAAACUAAAGAAUACAUAGAGGUGUUCGUCGUGUAAUCCAUACUAAUAUUAUAAAUGCGAAAGUAUGUCUGUCUUUCUGUCUGUCUGCUACCUUUUCACGGCCCAACAGUUUAACCGAUUUUGACGAAAUUUGGUACAGAGUUAGCUUA